CGAGCACAGAGUCUGGACGGAGCUGCUGCUGCUGCUGCUGCUGGGAGCAGAGACACACAACGUGGUUUUGUAGCUCUUAGAUGUACUGCAGGGAAUGGAAGAAAAAAGUGUGAUCGUUUCUUCGCCAUUUGAAUUUCACCUGGUACAUUUGGAUCUCAAGGGAGCGCCACCAAAGGUCUCAUACCUGGCAGAGAUCUUCCCAUUGCUCCAUGCCUUGGGUGCAAAUGGCAUUCUCCUUGAAUAUGAAGAUAUGUUUCCUUAUGAUGGGGAGCUGAAGCCAGUCUGUGCAAAUGAUGCAUACAGUACAUCUGAAAUUAAAGAAAUUUUAAAGCUGGCAAAGUUGCAUGACUUAGAGAUCAUCCCUCUCAUACAGACAUUUGGACACAUGGAGUUUGUUCUGAAGCACAAAGAAUUUUGUCAUCUGCGGGAAGUGGCAAUGUUCCCCAACACUGUGAACCCACAUAGCAAGGAAUCCCUGAGGCUCAUUUGCACCAUGAUAGACCAGGUGGUAGCUCUGCAUGGUGACCUUCGAUGGUUUCACAUUGGCUGUGAUGAGGUGUACUACCUUGGUGAAGGGGAAGAAUCCAAAGAAUGGUUGCAACAAGGAGAAAAUACCAUUGAAAAGCUGUGCCUGGCCCACAUGAAAGCAGUGGCCAGCCAUGUGGUCUCAGCACAUCCCACAGUAAAACCUGUUGUGUGGGAUGACAUGUUGAGGGGAAUGAAAGAAGAAAUACUGAGAGAUUCUGGGAUAGCACAGCUUACAGAAUUGAUGAUCUGGGACUACUCUCCUGAUCUGGAAGUGGACAGUAAAGUAAAUCUUAUAGAAAAAUACCAGAAGUGUGACUUCUCAAAGCUCUGGUUUGCUAGUGCUUUUAAAGGGGCCACUGGUGUGAACCAGUGCUUGACACUCAUUGGACACCACCUUAAAAACCACCAGCAGUGGCUGAAAGUGGCUGAAAGCAUUCCUGCUGGUAUCAUCCGAGGGAUCACGCUGACUGGCUGGCAAAGGUAUGAUCACUUCUCUGUUCUGUGUGAGCUUCUGCCUGUAGGAGUCCCAUCACUAGCUGUAUGUCUCCAGACACUGAAGAAUGGUGGCUAUUCAGAAAAAGUGAAAGAAGAUGUUGAAAAGCUCCUAGGGAUCUCCAGUUUGGAAAUAGACACUUUCAUGAGUGACAUCUCAGGAACUUUCCCCGGAAGUGAAAUUCUCUCCCUUGUGACCCAAAUUGCAUUCUACCUCAAACCCUCGGUGGAUGAACUUUUGGAAAACAACAGGUAUGUCACAGGCUGGUUUAGUCCUUACCACAGAAAGAGGAAGAAGAUCCAUCCUAUAAUGAUUCAUCAUUUUCAGCCAGAUGCAUUAAGGCUUUUGACCAAAUGGAAUGCUGUGAUGCAGGAGCUACACACAGCCAUGGAAAAGGUUUUCUAUGCAUCUGCUGUAGAAGAAUGGAUGGAGGAAAAUGUCCAGCUUAGCCUGCAAAGACUUCAAGGGACAGUAGAUGAUCUGGACAGAGCAAUACAAGCACUUUCAUAGCAUUCUUAUGGUCCUGUUUAUUUGUAACCCAAAUGGUACAGCCAGCAUCAGGCAGCUCAAUAGAGCAUUGUACACAUGGUGAAGUUCUUCUGAUGUCAAGAGAUGAGUCUACUACACUAAGGUUUGAAACUGAAAGCACCAUCAGGCUUGAAAUUAAGAUGGUAUUUCAGUGAGAUAGAUACGGGUCUUUCCCUUUCCUUGGAGGGAGAAAAAAAGACACACAGCAAUUACACUGCAUAUGGCUGCACAAAGUCCACUGUAGAGAAAUGAAAGCAGAUGUAAAACUCUGUGUGGGUUGUUUGUAAGACUUUCUCAAUUUAAAACCUGUGCGGUGUCUUAUGCCACAGACACUUUAUCCUUUUAAAUAAAUAAAAUUUUUUACACAA